GACACCUGAAGCYUCACUCAUUCCGGGUCCUGGAUACCAGAAGAUGACACCACUCAACCACAUACAGGCUACAGUAUGGACUGAAAACAGAAGAGCGGUUUAUUUAUUAUUUACAAUUCGGGCUAUCACAAUAACUUUGGGCAAUCUGAUCAAUUUAUGAAGGGGAGGCAAUCAAUGGAGACUUGAACAUUGGAGAACAACAUUUUGAAUCGAAUUAUCCUUGGAGGACUAUUAUCCUAGUAGGCAAUUCUUCGCACAGGUUUGCAUAGGGAUAUGGUGCCAUAACUUUAGACUGUUGCCACAGCUAUGCAAUCAACUCACUACAGCAUGCACGAAUCACAGGAAUCUCCAACCUUACCAAGUUCAACCGCCACAGGGGGCAAUUUCUUCCCUGACCAACUGCAUCAGCUCGAGUUAGAAGUCAAUUCGUUUCUUCCCGGUGAUGGUUAUAAUGGUAAUAACGGGCACUACAGUCCCGAGAUUUAUGAGUUUGGGUUCCCGAACUCUUACGAUUGUUAUGGAUCAUAUACGGGCUCUUCAUCUCUCACCACGGACACAGCGAAAGAGAAGGAGACAGAAGUCAGAAUGGUAAAGGGAAAUCCAAAGAAAGUCCGGAAGCCUAGAACGAUCUACUCCAGCCUGCAGCUGUGUGUGCUCCAGAGCAGAUUCCGAAUGAGGCAGUAUCUGGCGCUACCUGAACGCGCGGAGAUCGCCGCGUCACUGGGACUCACACAAACACAGGUAAAGAUCUGGUUCCAGAACCGGCGCUCCAAGUUGAAGAAGCUGUGGAGAAACGGGCAGAUGCCACCAGGACAGCAGGUGACUCCCCUCGGUCCAGCAGCGGUGCACUGGGGCCCCCAGAACCACAGGAUUACAGAGAUAAGCAAAGAGCGGGACUUUAUGCCUCCGAACACAAGCGCCCCAUCAUUUUACAGUAGCUACUCUUGGUACUCAUCUGACUGUGGCACUCUCCCAGCUGAAUCCAGUACUACAUCAGCAAUCUAAUCCGACAGAUGAUGUGGGGUCAAUUUACUGAUAUACGGCACCAAAGAUACUGAAAACCUGCAAAAGGGAAAAGCUGUAUGUGGACUCUGCUUUCACCUGGCAAAAAUAUGACCGAUUUGGGCUUUUAAUGUAGCAGAUGAACAGUUUGACUAGUUUAUUUCAAUGAAUUCCUAUAUGUUUGAGAUUAAUGUUGUUGAGAUUCAAUAUUGUGUAACAAAUGUGCCAUAUUGUACAGAAAGGAAGAAUGUAGCCUAUGGAAUUUUGGUUGUUGUUAACGUGCGCUAAUGUGACUAGAAUGACGUUGUAAGUAACAGCCAACUGUCCAGGACAUAGACAUAUAUGGGCUGAAAGCUUAAAAUGAUUGUUAAUCUAACUGCACUGUCCAAUUUACAGUAGCUAUUACAGUCAAAAUAUACCA